CACGUGAACCCCAGGAUUUUCGCUGAAUACCGCGUCGUCAUGGACCCCGUUGCCCCUUCCACUCCCACCGGGGAGCUGAACAUUCAAGACCUCGAGUUGAUGAUGCAAUGGUGCACGACCACAUACCGCUCGGUCUCGCGAAAUACCUCGGUAGAAGGAAUCUGGCAGGGCGUAGUGCCAAGGGAAGCCAUGCGCCACCCAUUCUUGAUGCACGGCAUCUUGGCUCUCUCCGCCCUGGAUCUGGGCUUCAACUGCCCCUCCGGUCCGCCCAAAGACUAUUACAUCCAAACCGCCCAGGCACACCAGUCCCGGGCUGUGACCGGUCUCAGCAAGAUUGCGGGACGUCUGGAUCAAUCCAACUGCAAUGCCGCUUUUGCUCUGUCCAGUAUCAUGGUGGUCUUUUCCUUCGCUCUCCCUCGGACGACGAACAAACUCGGGGACGUCCUGAAUGAGCUUCUCAACAUUUUUCGGUUCACACGCGGGUCGGUGGACGUCCAAGGAGGAAUCAUCAAUUGGGUUGCGGAUGGCGAGUUCAGCCCGCUUCUCGAGUGCGACACCUCGCAGCCAACCAUGCCCGACACGUCUCGGCUGGCCAUCAUGUCGCUGACACGAAUGAACGCGGACCUAGCUAGCCGCGAUCCCGCCCAUGAUAAGGACACGUAUGACACGACGAUCCGGUACCUGAGCUACUCGCUGGACAAGCUGGCCCGGGGCGGAGAAACCAUGAUUAUUGCCUUCCAGUGGAUCUUCCAGAUCCCGCCGCGAUACUUGGAUUUGCUGCAGCAGAGACAGCCCUUUGCGUUAGCCAUCUUGGCCCAUUACGCGGUGAUUAUCCACUCGUUGCGAGGACAUUGGUGGAUGGGCGAGUGGGGAGCGCGACUGAUCCGGGAGAUCGGCCAGCGCCUGGGUGCAGACUGGAAAGACUCAAUCAGUUGGGUGGUGGACGCGACAGGAUGCUAUAUUCCUCCAGUCUGAGACGGUUCAUGGACGAGAUGUAUAAGUACCUAUUUUUUCCCUUUCUCCAGUGCGCGUUGUUCAUUUCAGACACCGAAUAUGGAUGCAUCUGCGCGCUGGAGAGUACAUUGUGUGGCCACCAUGACCAUCCUUGAGAGACGCGUGCAGCGUGCACGCUGCCCGUCGACAUACCUUAAAGCAGGCGGGAACACCCCUGCCAUCCGUGGGCCAGGCUCUACCAUGAGUGACCUACACAGAAUUCAUGCAGUCUUGAAGAAGAGGGAGU